UGAUUUAAACUUUCCGGACUUCUUUUUUGGAUCCGAGUCGUGCAGGUCCUUAGUUUGGGUGUUGAGUAUUGGUGUUAGCCAAUGCGUUCCUUACUUAAGCCGAUUAUUAAGGAUUUGGUUGGUUCUUGGUUGCUAGAUCCGUGUGAAGGCCUACCUCUUCGGCCUGUUCUUCAGUGUAUGCGUUAGUGGGAUCUUAGCUCGGUGCUGCGGAUUUUCUUUCUUUUGUAUUCUAUGAAACUCAGUCAGGAAGCAAUUGUUGCGUACUUUGGAACAUAUCUUGUUGGGAUUAGCUCAUUAUGAACUUGUUGUCAAUCUGUAUUUGCAGUUUCUUUAUGUUUUUUUAAUCUCUUUAGAAGUAUGUUAGAGUGUGCGCUCCGGUUCAUUGCAUUUUUCGCAUGGGAUUGGCGGCUUAGUUAUGGCAUAUGUGUGGUACGAGUGAAUCAAGAGCCCUUUAGGCUUCGAUGCAGUUUGGGAGUACAUUAGGCAUGUGAUCAUGUUUAGGUGAACUCUUCAAUUAUUUGCUCAGCUAAAACUGGAUCGGUUGGAUAUAAUUGGGAACCUUAUAUGUUUCUUGAUUGCAUAGUAACCAACGAAGGGCCUAGACAAGAAUGCCUGCUGCAGUAGAGAUAUCCAUGCCCUGUUGAAUGAGAUGGCAGAAUUUAUGUCAUUUACUACUCGACAAAGCGAUGUGCGGCUCAUAUACUGCUACUGAUUUAUAUUCAUGAGACGGUAGUGUAUAUCUCCAUUGCAAGUAUAGUGAGCAUUGAAUCUGAUUUUGCUUCCCUUGUAGCACAGUAGACUAGUUAAUGAAGGGGAAGUUUAAGAGCAGAAGAAUAUAGUUAAUGGUUCCUGGAUGAGAAGUGGAAAUGCUACUGGCUGUGGAAGGAGGAGGUUUCUUCUCAUCGUCAGCUUCAGGAUACAGUCAUGGCCUUGCUCUUUUGCUGCUUGGACGGAAAGAAGAAGAGAAGCCUGUCAAGGCAUGGAGUCAGUACCGACUAGUCGAUGGGGAAGCUGAGCAUGUGUAUCAUCUGGCUAACACGAAAAACCAAGCUCCCCGUAAAUGUGCUCCCUUCAUCUGCUUCGGUAGCACUGCUUUGGAGCUCGAAGGGGCGUCUCCUCCGAAAUUGAGUUCAAGCAACACUUUGGACUCUUUGGAAGAGCCAUCCCGUUCAACAAAGAAGAAGGUUACCACUAAUGGUUCCAUAACUGGAGAUGAGAGAAAAGGUUGUCUUAAGAGCAACUCAAAAAGGGAUUCGUCAGAGCAUUGUAUAGUGGUGAGUGAAGAUGAAGAACCACGUGAGUCACUGGAAGAGGUGCAAACCUUGAAAUCUGGUAUAGAACGGAGAAAAGUUCAAUGGACUGAUACAUGUGGAAAGAAGCUUUUUGAGAUAAGGGAAUUCGAAGCCAGCGAUGGAAGUUUGUCAGAUGAUGAACUGGAAAAUGAGGGUUUCAGGAAGUGUGAGUGUGUGAUUCAGUAGAUUUUUCGUCUGCCAUUUGAAACAAUGGAUAGCUGCAGCUUUUCUGCUAGGAUAUGCUUAUGCUGCCAACUUCUCAACAAUCUGGGUGAUACCUGUGGCUUGAAGUUAAACAAGCAAAGGAUGAUCAUAUAUGUCUGCUUUCCUGUUAGCUAGCUUGUACGGUAGGGUUGCAGUUUUGAUGCCCGCUGUAUCAUAUCAAGAUUUGACCCAUUUAUUUAUUUUCGCCUUAUUUUCCUUCCUUUGUGUUCACAUGCUCCAGGUUGUAAGAGCAACUCUAGCAGACCCUGCAAAAAUUCGACCCGCAAAACACGUUUGCGGUUUCACGAAGAUCGCGUUUGCGGGUCGAAAACAUGCGCGGCCGAUCAGAUACCGUAUCUAAACUUGCAUAAUUUGAAAAAACACGUUCGUGGGAGAAAUUCCACAAACAUAGUUCAUCACAUCACAUACUAGAGAGUUCAUACAUACUACAUGAUCAACAAAUUAAGCAUAGAUCAUAGUAAAUGCUACGUUAACUAGUAGUAGAGGGGGUCGGAUCUGACGGCGGCGAGGUCGCGGCAAAAUGGACGACGCCGUGGAGGCCGAGCGAGGCUCAAUCCUCCUAGUCGGAGCUGCACAGAUCGACGUACUUCGCCGCCUGCUCCGCGCGGAUGCGGCACCACUCCUCAGCCUUCUCGUUGGCGGCGACGUUGUCGGCGACCGCCUGCCGCCACUCGAGGGCUUCGAGCUCCUCGGCGUGGCGCCGGCGCUCCGCCUCCUCGCGCACGCUCCGCUCGGCGAUGGCGGCAGCAACGGCCAAGGUUUUUGAGUCGCCGAGUCAAGCCAAGUCGCCGAGGCUGCGGCUAGUGGCUUGCUGGCUUGAGUCACCGACUUGGCUUGAUUAGUCGCCCCAAGUCGCCAUGAGCAGUUCUACAUAUAAAUACCAUCACAGCAACAGAAAUAACACUCUGAAAUAAAUAGAACAGGUUACUCUGCAAUAUACGAAUACUAUGGGGUCUUUCUGAUAAAAAUACUAUGGGGUCUUUCUGAUAAAACACCAGAGCACAACCGACAGAGGAACGGAUAAGGAUGGUACGGGCGAGGAUCUCUCCUGCCUAGUCACCGCUCCCUAUCCUCAUCGCCCCUUCCCUCCACAUACAACCCAACCCGCGCUCUCUUUCCAGCAGCAGGGCAACAACAAAGAGAGGCAGCAGCAGCAGGGCAGAGGGAGCUGUACCUGCUAGGGUUUGCUGGCGCAUGCGCAGAUGCUGGAGAGUGGAGACGGAGGUGAAGGGGCCGGAGUAGAUGGAGGUGGAGGCGGAGGAGGCUCGUGGGGGAGCGGCGGCUGUGGAUCUGGAGGGCUGGAGGGGGAGCGGCGCCGGCGGCCGCAGAUCUGGAGGGGAGGGGCUGCGCGGAGCCAGCUCUCUUUUUCCUUCGUUUCCCUCUCUCCCUCUCUGUGAACCCGCGUGGAGAGCCAGCUCUCUUUAUCCUCCCCAAAUUUUUUUUGCCAGUGGGCCUAGCUGGAGCAAGCCAGGCGACCGGCGGCUACUAGCCAGCGACUAAUCACGGCAAGUCGCCGGCGAGCCGGCGAGUCGCGUGACUCGCUCCCUGAGUCAAGUCGCCUGCGUGAGCCAGCCACGCCAUGACGACUCGACGAUUAGUCGGCGACUCAAAAACCUUGGCAACAGCGUCAAAGUCCGCGACGUAGUCCUCGGGCCCGACGACUCCGCGGCGGCCGAGCGGAGCGGGCUCCUCGGGCUCCUCCUUCACCGGGACGAAGGCGAACGGCGCCGGCUCCUCCGGCUCCUCCUCGUCGUUCGACCACUCCCUCUUCACGGGGAGAAAGCCCGUGCCGGAGGACGAGGAGGAUCCGGCGUAGGAAGACCUCGCGGAGGAGAAGGACGCGCGCCGGCGGUCGUACUCCUCCGUCUCGCGGCGGUUGAAGCUCGCCGGCGGCGACAUCCCUUGGUUGGUCCACUUCCGGGCUCCGCGCUUCCUCGUGCCGUCCGACCGGACGCGCCGCUCGCGCUCUGGGUCCCUCUCACGGCUGGAUCUGCUGCCGGAGCCGCGUCCGGAGCUCCACAUUCGGCCCCACAUGGCGGCUGGAGGCGGGGCCGGUGGUCGCCGGCGGCGAGAAAUGUGGAGAAGGGAAAGGGGAAUCGAGUGGCUCGCGGCGGCGGCGGGACAGGGUUUGGACCCGCAAAAGGGUCACGGAACCGCAGUUAUACUGCUCGGGGCGUGCGGUUUGCGGGCUGCGGCAAAAAAAUUUGCGGGCUGCGGUAAAUUUUUUUGCGGGCCGAGCAAGUAUGCGGGCUCUGUUCUGGCCGAAAAAUUGGGCCGAGCCCACAUACUCGCCGGAAUUUUUGCGGGCCGGGUGUUUUGCGGAGUCUGCUAGAGUUGCUCUAACAUAUAAGGAUGUUAAUAAGUGUUUUCAGUUUCAGGGAUGUUGAUUCCUGCCAUCUUUGCUUUGCUUUGCUCCUCACAUGUUAAGUGAUGCCCUGUUAACUCAUUUCCUAUCAAGAUGCUGUUAACUCAUUUGUUGAUGA